AUGCCAGACCCCCAAAACAAGCCGCCCGUGCCCCACCGAUGGGUCAUUGUGGGAGCCAUGGCCUUGGCCUUUGUCCUGUGCAACAUGGACAAGGUCAACAUGUCAGUGGCAGUCAUUCCUAUGGCGGCAGAGUUGGGAUGGAGCCCGAGCGAUCGGGGCCUUGUAUCAUCUGCUUUCUUCUGGGGUUACUCCCUGACCCAGAUCCCUGCAGGCUGGGUCUCGACGAGGAUUGGAGGGACGAAAGUGCUUCUGGCUGGGGUAGCUCUGUGGUCUCUGGGGACUUUGGUGGCGCCGCCAGCAGCGCACUUCAGCUUGCUGGCGCUCUGUGCCUCUCGUGUCUUUGUUGGAUUGGGCGAGGGAUUGGCGCCGUCUUCAGCGACAAACGUGAUGGCAAAGCUCGUGCCAGAGGGUGAGCGGGCGCGGGCCGUCACAGCCGUGUUUGGCUCUCUGGAUGUUGGCAGCGUGAUUGGCCUGCUUGUGUGUGGGCCCCUCAUCCGCACCUUUGGCUGGCCGUCUGUCUUCUACCUCUUUGCGCUGCUGGGCCUCGUGUGGUGCCUCCUCUGGCCGCUGCUGAAGCCCGAGGAUCCAGACACCUCUGUGCCACUGACAAAGCCCGCAGCCAUCGUGUCAGACAAGGCGGUGCCGUGGGGUGUGUUCCUGCGCUCCAAGCCGGUCUGGGCCAUCAUAGUGGCGCACUUCUGCUACAAUUGGGGCUACUACACGCUGCUGGCAUGGCUGCCCUCCUUCUUCGAGCUGUCCCUGGGCCUCACCGUGGAGUCCUCCUCGCUGCUCACGCUCAUCCCCUACCUGGCCAUGACCUUCAUGACGCCCUUUGUGGGGCCAGUCGCUGACGGCCUCGUCUCCAGGGGAUGGUCCAUCACCAAUGUGCGCAAGCUUGCACAGGGAGUGGCAUUUGCGGGUCCCGCCCUGUGCAUGAUUGCGUGCUCAGUGCUGACCCCUCAUGGCACAGCGCACCUGCCUGGUGCCAUGCCCACAGCCGCCAUCGUGACGCUGUUCAGCCUGUCCUUCGCCAUGGGUGCCUGGGCCCGCGCCGGGCUGUACUGCAAUCACCAGGAUCUGUCUCCGGAGUAUGCCGGCGCGCUUCUGGGCCUGAGCAACACAGCAGGAGCGCUGCCGGGCAUUUUGGGAGUGACAUCUGUGGGCUUUCUGCUGGAGAAGACAGAAAACUGGGGCGCCAGCUUGUUCUACCCCACAGCUGCCUGCCAGAUCUUUGGGCUCAUCAUCUACUCCAUCUUUGCUUCCAGCAAGCGGCAAGACUGGGCGACUCGAUGA